AUGUAUCUUACCAAGAAGAUACGGAACGCUAUCAAUAGACCUUUGAUCGAAGCCCAACUUAGACCGCUGAUAGCAUCCUUCAGCUCAUCGCUGCUGUCACUUCGUCGGGUCAACACUGUCAGCGUUGCCGCAACCCAGCGCAAUUCCAAGGGCCAAGAGCGACUGGCAAACUUAACGCUGAUGCCGACGCUAUUGUCGCUGGUGACUGGAAGGUGUUCCGCUGCAGUUCCCCCCCCAGUCAUCACCGAUCAUGAUCCCAGCGAGCCCCCCUGCCCAGCCGCAGGACCCCCUCAACAGCCAAUCUGCGAUCCAGCCGUGACAGCGGGCCAAUUAUCGUGGGGCGCCUCCCCUACGCUGCAAAAAGUCGCAAGAGUGCCUGGCGAGCCCUUGGCCGAUCUUUUGGCUGCCGCACGGCGCUAUGAGAACUUCCUGACGCCUCUCGGAGUAAUGUCUCCAACGUUUGAUGUCAAGCCAGUCUGCAUCUAUCGCAACCAACUGAGAGUACCAGUUCGCGGCUUACACAUAGACACUCUCGCCUCGUACUACGUUGUCCCGUCCCUCGGCAAGGAAGCCUCAGGAUGGUGGCUCGAGUCGCCUAGGCUCACUGAGACCGCACGGAACGGAACAAAUCCCAAGAGGUGA